AUGAUUACCAUGAUGAUGAAUAAUAGUAACAAUACCUCUGGAAAUAUAAUACCAACAACAACAACGAGUACGGCCAUGAAUAACAACAAUAACAACAGUCUUUCAGAAAUGAUGAGUUUAAAUUCAAGCUCGGAUAAACUCGGUAUCAUGCUCAACAAGGACAUCAGUAACAACAUUAACAAUAAUAAUACUUACCACUCUACCAUGAUGGAAACAGACUCAACCAUUCCUCCACAUUUCAAUCAUAACAAUUCAAACAACAAUCAACAUAUCAGUAGUAUUCCAUCUCCCAAUAUUGAAGGUACAUUCAUUAAUCCCAACAACAGCUCAAAUCUGACUCAACAAUUCCAACAACCUCCACAAGAAAUGGAGGCUUUUCCUCUCAAUUCUCUAGGCAAAACACCCUCUCCAAAUUUUCAUUCCUCAGCUCCUUCUCUCCUUAAUAACAACAAGCCCGUAUUGGGAGGUAUGACUCAAUCACAAGCGACGACAGUUAUUAAUACUCAUGCCAACAAGAACCCGAGUAUCAUGGGCCAUACCCAAUUACCAUCUAUGGUGGGCAACACAUUCAUGGCUCAGCAACAACAACACCACUCAUUGUCAGAGCAUACCUAUCAGCAUGCUUCACAACAGCAUUUACAAAAUUCCAACGACGGUCUUCCCUCUCUUCAACAAUUCGGACUUCUUUUCAGCCAUUCCUUAAAUGCACAUCCAUCCAACAUUCAUGGCAGUAGCAGCGUCACUUCAGAACACAUGUCUCCUCUCCAUAAACAACAUCUAGUGCCAACAACAAACAAUAUUAUUGCAUCAUCCAUUCACAAUGAAAACAAUGGCAACUCACAACUAAAAUUCGCAAGUCCUCCAACCCCAACUCCUAAUUCUCUUCAUACGAGCCCAAUAUUGAACCUAUUGGUGCAAUCACAACAAACGACAGAAAGUCAACAACCAUCAAAUAGUACAAAGCACCAACAAAGAAAUGCUUUUGCAUCUUCUCCUCCAUCUGUAGCUACUCUCAAGAAUGUAUCCAACAUUUCAAUGCCAUCACACCAACAUUUCCCUCAUAGUAGUGCCACCUCGAAUACUAUUAGAAGUGUCAACCAACAGCAAUUUACAACCAACAGCCCUUCUCCCAUGAACUCAACUCCUACCUCUCUAAAUUCUCCAGAAAAGCUAACCAAUUCCUUCACACUACCUAGCAAUCCCAUGAUUUAUGAAGGCCUCAUGAAACUUGUAGCUCAUCGUAUUAUGGAAUGCAUUUUGGCAUUCGAUGAGAAAACUUCCAAAAAUACAGAAGCUAAGAACAGACUACAAGAUGAGUGGAACAAACUAGUGAACGACUAUUUCAUUGUUGGAAAACGUUUAGAAGGAUUGCCCCAAAUGCUGCAUUGCUUAUACGGGAUGUUGACUGAAGAAUCUGAGGUUGAUAUUGUAAGAGAGAGAUUGUAUGAGGAGAACAACGUGCCUAGAUAUUUCUCUAUUGAUUUUAAGGCUAAUCUUAGAUUAUUACGGCUCAAAAUUUGUAUCUUCUUUUUGCUGUACAGAUUGAGCAGCGGCAGCUGUUUCCAAGAUACAAGCUCUUUUGAGGAAUUCUUGGACAUUAACUCAUUAAGCGUGAACGAGAAGAUAUUUAGCUCCAUGUCAUGGGAGCAAUUCAUCUUAGAGAUGGAUGCCAUAGAGAGCAAAUUAAGAUUUAGAGUAGAUCUCGUAUCCCACCACGAAAGUGAUGAGAGCGAUGAUGAAGACACUGGAUAUGUCCUGAGCGUAAAACAAAACACGAUGAAUAAUGUCAAGCUCAAAUCAGUAGCAGAGGAAAAAUUGUCUGCUUCCUUUGACCAACUUUUGCUGGAAAUGGGCGUUGUGAAUUCUUUGAAUAAGCCUACUCAACCUAAAUCCUACAGACUUCAACUUUCCGUUCAAAUGUCCAACUAUUUAACAAUUACCAAGUAUAGCAAUACCAUUAUUGAUGUAUCUGUUGAUGGCGUACCUUCAAGCCGAACCAUUCACGAUCUCUCACCAUUACGUAUUGUGUCAGCCGAAAGAAAGAAUCGAGUUGUAGUGUUACAUUUUAGUAGAGAUUUUUUUGUCACUCCAACAAGAGACAAGUCUGAUAUCGACUUUGUGAUUGAAUUUGGAAAAGGUAAUGACAGAAAAAGAGCAUCUGCCAAGAGCAUUUAUAUAGAUCGUUUACUGGUCGAUUUUUCCUCCCACACCAUGUAUCAACAUGUUUCAGUGUAUAGAGGCCAAGAAAUUUUGUGUGAGGAAUUGGAGAUUACAAUGCUUAAUAAUUGUGUGGGAACUGUAAAUUCAGGAGGGCUCAAACUUAGUAUAAUCGCUCCAACAUCAUUGUCAGAAGAGCCAAAUAGCGUAUCCUCAAAUACAAGCAGUGUCUUCUCCCCUGGAUCCACCACUCCUCCAUUUUCAGAAGAGUCUCCACGCAGUUGCAAGAGAGCCUACUCUGCUGAUGAUGAAAAAGCAGGUUCUUCAACUUGUGUCAGUCCCAGCGGCUCCAAAAGAGCAAAAAGUGGUCACAAUCAAAACAACAUGAAUAUGGCAAGUAUUUCACAAUACGUUAAAAGCUUUCGAGAUAGGUGUGGAUUCUCUUUGUUGCACAUUGCAGCCAUGUACGGAUUUAAUAAUGCCAUUGAAUUUUUGCAUGAAGCCCUCUCCAUGUCCAUCGAUAUUACUGACAAUUAUCAAUAUUCUCCAUAUCAUUGGUCAUGCUUUGCAUGUAAGCCUUCCACAGCAAAGCUACUGAUUAGCAAAGGAGCAAGCACAACACGAAGAAACAUUCACAUGGCCACAGGAAUUGAAAUUGCUGCUGCCAAAAAUCACAAACAGUUUGUUGAGGAGCUUGAAUUUGAACUGGAACAGCAUGCCUGUUCGGCUCUUUUUGACUUGUACGCCCAUGUUUCAGAAUCAGACAACAACAACAUGGCUAUUCAACCACAACAGCAACGACCAAAAGUACCAAAUCCACCACUUGAAUGGUCUACACCUCCCACUAACGACAAUAUUCCUCAAAAUUUAAAGAUCCCUUCACAUAAUAAUAAGGUGAAACCAAUGAGUGUCAAUACUAACCUCAGCAACAAGAAUACUGAAUCUAGAUCAAAGAAAAAACCAGGUGAAAAUAAGAUCAGCCCAACAACUGCUGCAACAACACAAUUAGUGAGUCCACCCCCAACUUCUGGCAGGAAGCAAACCAGCUCAUCAAAAUUGACUCCAAGCUCAUCAUACAACACAGAUUCACCCAUUACAGUUACUCUGCCUUCAUCUUCAGCAAAUUCUAAUCCUCUCUCACAGCGUAUGGAGCUCUUUAUCAAACCUAGCAGGAAAAAAAGAACCUACAUUUCAUGCUUUCCUAAAGAGUUAUGCUCGAGUCCUUACAAGUAUGACAUUCUCUUAAGGAUACCUCUUAAUUACACUAACCAAUUUAAUGAGAGCAAUUUUACAUUCCAUCUCAUGAUUCAAGGAGCUGAUAAGAACUGGACUCCAGUUACUGAACAAGCAGUCGACAUUGUCAAGUAUUUGAGAACCAUGUUUCCACUUAAUUUCCGAGAAAUUGAAUGGAGGCUCAUGUACAAGGUAUGCUCAUUCCACUACGGUAGAAAACCUUUCAAGCUGAGGGUUAUUUACAAUACAAAUAUGAAUCCUGCAACUGCAAACCCUAUCCACCAUGAAUAUUUGACUCAAAAUUCGGAUGGUAAGGUUUGCUUACCAGACAACACGGUUGUUUUUGAGUCUGAAGAGUUUUACAUUGUCGCACGAAAGAAAAAGGACUCUUUUCAUGAAUCUUCAGCGAAUGGAGAUCUCGACACCUUCUCUGCUGAUCAGUCACCUCUUACAGAGCUUCAAGGUCAAUUCUCUCCAGCUUCUUCCUCUCCAUCUCCAUUACCACUUUUACAUCAGCUUGAUAGCAACAGUCUCUCAUUGAGUAUGUUGCAGACAGGUAGUAACAACCACCACCCGUGGAUACAAGAGACAGCAAGCCUUUCUUCACAAAAUCAUCAGAUGGGUAAUAGUACUAUUAAUACUAGCAUGCCCACCUUUCAAUAUGUCCCAAAUCAGACAGUAUUGACUCCUCCUUCAUUUCCACAACUUUCCAUGGCAAGGUCUGAUGAGAUUUCCAAGUAA